UCCUUCCUCGCUGGCUUCCCGGCACACGCCCGGGCGCACCGGGUCACGGCGACCGAACCUUGGGCUCUUGCCCGGCGGGCGGGCGGUGCCGGGGCGCGGCGACUGGCUCGGGGACCGCACUGGGCAGCGCGGGGCGAAGCCACUUCUCUCCUGCGGAGGUGGGCGAGCAGUGGCACCCCUCCCGUCCCCACGGCGGAGGCCACCGCGUACACCUGGCUGCAAGGAGAAGGAAACACGCCCGCUUCGCCCCCAACUUCUGCAAAUGAUCCGAUAAAGGGCGUUGUUGCUCAAACCCCAGAGGUUGCAACGAUAUCCUCCUGGCUGAUGGCUAGAGAGAGGUGCUCUUCACUCAGCUCGCCUACAAAGAAGAACUAAAGAUGCUUAAUUGUGUUCUGAGAGGUUACUCACAUGUUUUGGUAUAGUAAAACAACACACAAGGAGCCAACAGUAAUGCAGUUGAAGGACGUAAAAUGAAAAUAAUAACCUCAAGUCAAGAAGAGAGGAAAGAAAAUAAAGUGGAGCUGUUUCUUGUCCUGUGUAUUCACCAGAUCAAAGUCUUGAAAUCUAACUGAAAAUGACAGCUCUUUCUUCAGAGAACUGCUCUUUUCAGCACCUGCUACACCAGUCAAAGCAGCCCCUAGAUGCUAACUGUCUGUUGUUCUUGAUCAUACUUGGGAAAAUACUAUUAAAUAUCCUCAUCCUAGGAAUGAAAAGGAAAGCCACCUUUUGGAGUUUCAUGGAGUAUUUCUGCUUUUCACUAGCAUUUGUUGACCUUCUGCUGUUGGUAAACAUUUCCAUUCUGUCCUACUUUAGGGACUUUGUGGUUCUAGGUAUUAGGUUUACAAAAUACCACAUCUGUCUGCUGACACAAAUCAUUUCCUUCACUUAUGGCUUUUUGCAUUAUCCAGUUUGCUUACUAGCUUGUAUAGAUCACUGUUUAAAUCUAUGUAGAGCUACCAAGCAUUCAUCUAAGUGGCAAAAGUUAUUUUAUUUCUUGACAGUCAUUUUAAUUUGGACUUCAGUCUUUGCUUACGUUUUGGUAGAGCCAGCUAUCUCACAAAGCCUGAAGACACACAGGGCUUCUAUGUACCAAUGCCCUUCCUAUGUCAGCACUCAGAGUUACUGGCUAUCAUUGUUUAUGCUAAUGGUUUUACUGGUGGCUUUUCUGAUUUCAUGGCCAGAAGUUGUUGCCUUGGUGCAGGCAAUUAGGAUAACAUCGUAUAUGAACAAGACCAUCCUCUACUUUCCUUUCCCAUCCCACUUGGGUUACCCUGUGAGGUCUAGAGAAGCACUCUUACCCAGGCUCAUCGUGUGCUUUUUUGGGACCUGGUUUCCCUUUGUAGCACUUCAGGUACUCACCCUGUCGCUCGGAGUUGAGAUCCCAGCAUAUGUAGAAAUGAAUGUCCCCUGGCUCUACUUUGUCAACAGUUUUCUCCUUGCUGCAGUUUAUUGGUUUAACUCCCAGAAGCUUUAUGUAAGAGGCAGCACAUUACCUGUGGAUCCUUUUGUCAACUGGAAAUGCUGUUUUGUUCCAAUCCAUAGACUUAAGCAAGUGGAGAGGCCCGUAUCCAUAAUCAUCUGUUGAUAUGCUGCUGUGUUUGGAGAACUCCAGAAGCACCAAGGAUCAGUCUUACAAGCGUGACAGAGGGGACUCAGGACACGUACCUGAAGCUCUUGGCCCCCUAACUUUUCUUUUUGCAGCACAGCCUCUAAGGUGUGGUGGAUAUUAAAUAGUGCUAAGGACACAGUAACACAACCAAGCUUUUAUUCCCGUUCAGCAACACUGUGUAUUUAGACAUUGUGUAAGUAUUUGGUACUAAUCCAAAAGUAAAAAAACACAUUAAUGUGUGUCCAGCUUGCUGUUUUACUUCAAAAAACUACUGGAUGCAAAAUGUUAAAUAAAUUUGAGAUUGUACUGCUAA